AUGAUGGCAAAGCGUCAACGAAUAUCUGCUCCACCUUGGUGGGAUGAAAUUGUGGGGGAAGUAACUGGAAAUGGUGGAUAUUUACAUCGAGGUAUCACAUUUUUACCGGAAAGCAGGAGCAUCGUUUGCGAAGCAGAAAUCGAUGAGAAAACUCUCGUUUUCAAGAUUCCAAGAUCAUCAAUUCUCUCGGCACCUUCAGGGUGUGACCAAUAUGCAUGGAUCCAAGAACUUCGAGACAAAACGAAUGAUAGAUGUAAGGCUCAGAAUGCAAUUGCUGACCUGAUAUUGGCCUACAGACUGGCAGGUGAAGAUCCAACUUAUCUCAAGACGCUUCCCCCUCCGUCAUCUUGGAAUUUACUUCCUCGACGAUGGACUGAAGAGACUCUUCAGAAGUGUUUGGGGGGCUCGCCCUUAAUGGAACGAAUAAAGAAACAAAAGUCCUCUGUGACAGCUGAUUAUCGUCUUCUGUGCAAUCAUCCAAAAGGAAAAGGUGGGCCUACAUUUGAGGCUUUCGAUGACAUGUUAGCUGCCGUCACGUCUCGUGCGUUUGCUGGGGCGAAAGAUGAAAUCAUGAUGAUUCCGAUUUUGGAUUUAUGCAAUCAUGCAAGGGGGAAGGAUGAGAAGAAGAAUCUAGAAUACAAAAUACUUGACGAUGGUUCCGUUGAAGUAAGCGCGACUGCCAAGAUAGCGCCGCACGAGCACUUUCGUUUGACGUAUGGUGCCAAAGGAAAUUCCCAGUUACUCCUGAAUUAUGGCUUUGCCAUGAAGCACAACCUUGAAACAGAUGGGUCUUCAAACGAUUUCCUGGAGUUCAGUUUCGAUGGAGCACCCGCUGUCGAACUCAGAACUGGUCCAAAAGAUUACACUUAUGGCAAGUUCAUAAAAAUUUUGGAGCAGAUACUUGGUGAAUCUUCUGCCAGUUUAGAGGAGGAGGAAGAGGAUGACGACAUGAAUGCAUUUCUCGAUGGUACUGAUGAAAUGGAAGAGAUGGACAUAUAUGGUGCGGCUUCUGCAGACGAGGUUCCAGAAGACACCGAGCAAAACGAAGAGAUAGAGAACGAGUUGGAGGCACUGAAAAAGCUGAAGCAAGUGAUACACGAGCGAAUAGAUGCCUAUGGCUGCAAAGGAUCAAAACUGCGUGAUAGACUGGAGUGCCAAGAUGGCUCGAUCGACUACUUUUCCUCUCUUCUCGUCCUCUCGGAACAAAGGUGCCUUUUCUUCUACUUUCUAUGCGCUGAAAAGGUUGGAAUAUUGUUGCAGAAUAAAGACUUGAGCACGUUGGACAAAGCAGAUGGCUUUAAAGACGUACCAAUAAAUGAUGAAGAUCUGUCGCUCAUUGACAAGCAAACAUCCGAAUUGGCAAACGUAUUCAUGACGAUUCGACAUGGGAAUGGAUUCUAA